GCUAGGCUAAGCUAAAACAUGGCGCGGUGUAUGGCACAAGACUAGCCAGGUGGCUAACAUAAAUAGCAUGUUUAUACGCUACGUUUUGCCAAAAAUACGUUCUCUUUUACUUACCGAGGGUUAAUCUGUGUCUACUCGUGCUAAUCCUCCGUUGAAUCCACUUAGUUUUACUCACGUACCAUAUAUGCUAGCUUAAACGUUAGCUUGACUCAGCUAGCUAGCUAACUAGCCGGCUGACUUGAUGAUACAUAACACUCGCGGCCACGAACGCUAUUUAUAUAGUUACCGAUGGCUUUCUAUGACGUCUAUUCUCACCCGGCUUUGAUUCGGUAUAAAACGAGUGUUUGCACGAAAGCCACCCUGUUUCUGUUUGUUGUUUUGUGCCUCACCUACAUCUCACCUCUGCUCGUUGCCUACAGGAGCCAAGGUUUCUGGAUUAAAAGAAGGACCUAUGAGGAACAACCGGUUGUGCGGUUCCAGUACCAGACUCUGCUGGUGGCAGCAACCAGUACUCGGGGAGACUAUGUGGCCUGGAGCUCCUUCCCCCAUCUUAACAACAUGCUUGGGGCCAAUCUCCGGAUCCCUUCUGUCUCUGUGAGAGAAGACGACCAGAACCAGGAUGGGAAGUCGGAUCUCCUGAUUUUUCAACUGCAGCUACCUCUAAAACCGGAGGAACAGGUGUACAGUGUCCAACUGCUGCUCACCUUCAGCUACAAGCUCUUUCGCAUGUCCACAGUGGUGAUGCAGAGCCUGGCUUAUGUGCAACACUCCUCUUCCGUUCCCGGAGCUAAGCUGUCGGUCAGCGGAGACCUGAGGCUGCUGCAGAGGACACCGCUGCCUCACCGGGGACUGUACGACAUGUACAAUGUGUCAGUGAUCGAUGGCUCCAGCCCCUUUGCGAGUGCGUACAGCCUUGACAACAUAAUUCAGAGCUACCAGGAAAGAAACUUGACCACAGUACUGUCCUGUCCCAUGCCAGUCUGGACUGUGGGGCGCGCUGCAGGCUCUCCCUUUCAGCUCAACGCUGAGAUCCGGUACCCUAUGGAGGUCAUUAGCUAUCGGCCUGGCUUCUGGGAAACUAUCAAAUUUGCCUGGAUUCAAUAUGUCAGCGUCCUCCUCGUCUUCCUCUGGGUCUUUGAACGCGUGCAGAGAUUUGUUUUCCAGAACCAGGUUCUAACCACCGUACCUGUACCAGCGGGAAAACCUCAUCUGUCGUGAUGCAGCGGUGCGGUGCUUUGACCUCCGGGUAUACAAGAACAGACUACAUGUCUCACAGGGACUCACCAACACUGAUGCUUUGCUAAUAGCCAUUAGGUCAGUUUUGCAAAUACAAAACACAUAAACACCAAAUUCUUCCUUUUUUCACUUUUUUAAGUUUGUCCUCUUCACUUAACCAGUAAUGAGCAAUGAACCUCCAAGCAAGAACUUGCUGUAUUCCCUUUGCUGUAUUCAUGAUUUGGCUGUAUUUUAUACAAACAUGCACAAAUUCAUUUAUAUGAAAAUGCAUUUCUUCUUUUCCCUCUAUUUGAAGGACAUUUCUAGAAAUUACUUACAGAUUUUCUAUAUUUUUACUAUUUGUAUGUUUAUGACAACUUGUUACAGUGAUUAAAGAAGUUCUUUGUGGAUGAGCUCAUUUCAUUCUUUCUGUUGUAGAAAGCUUUAGGUGAUGGAUAAUAAAAAAACGAUUUGUACAUUUUAA